AUGGACGAACAUUUGCUAAAGCUACCAGAAGAAUUUCGAUUCCGAAUUUCCGAUGCUAUUCAAUCCUAUGAUCAACAAUUCAAUGACUCAACUUUGAAUCAAUUUAUUGAUUUGAUUUUCGAAUGUGCAACUAGUAAUUUGGAUUAUUUUGAACCUAUUUACCAAAUUUGCAAACUUCAAGUAGAGAAAGAAUCAAAUGGCAAUAAUGAGGGCAAAUUCCUGAAAAAGUUUGAUUCUCAUGUUGAAACAUUGCUUCAUGACUUUUUUGAAAAUUCAAAUAGUGCUGAAAACUGCGCAGCGGCUUCAAUGAAAGUGUAAGUUAAUUUUAAGGGUUAUUCAGAAAGCUUUAAAAUAAUUUCAGCUAUUUUUUGGCGUUUCUAAGUGUUCAAAAAUUCUGGUUAUAUGAUAUCACAUUUGAUCGAAUUAAAAAGCUAAUGAGCCCAGUUGGAUGUAAUUGUCCUGAGCAUUGUUAUGUGAAAGACUGUGCAAAUGGAACGGCAUUGAGAGCAGGUAACGCCCAAUUUAUCCUAUGAUAAAUUUCAAGAAUGUUGUUUAGAAGAGUUGCGAUUGAAAGAGCACUCAAUUCAAUGUGGAAUUCUAUAUUUGAUAUCAAUUACCCCGUUGUUAUUGCGGAAUAUUGAAUAUUAUAUUUAUUGGUGUUCAAGACUUCGGAAAUAUAAACAUUGUUUUGGAAAUGGGACACAAGAUAUGAUUGGACAAUUGGAAACUUGUUUUGGAGGUAUUGAUGAAAGGGCGCAUUGCGUGUUGAAUGAAAUUGGAAGGUGAGAAUUUGAAACAUCUAAAGAGACUGUAAUUUUAGAUUGUUGCAGUUUGGAAAAAACCGAUGAGCAGAUUGAAAAUGAUAUCAAUAGAUUAAUAAUUGAAAGAGAAAAAAAUGCUGAUAAAAAAAACGUAAGUAGGUUCUUUGUAAGUUCCACCAAGUAAAACUUUCAUAGUGUUUUAGGGUUCAAUUGGAAGAGAAUCCAGAAAUCAACGAAUUCAAAUUGACAAUUCAAAAAAUCAAUAAAUCCAUAUCAGAAACUCGCAUCCGACGUCCAAAAGGUUGUCAAAUUCAAAAAACGUGCAGUGAAAUAUUGAAAACUAACCAUACGAAAUCAAAAUUCAUCCGAAAAACUAGGGGAAAUUGAUAAAAUGAAUUUAUUCGAAAAAUAAAGGUUCGGAAUUCGCAAUUCCGACGUUUUGUCCUUGAAAUUUCGGAAAAAAAUUGAAAAACAUGUCUUUCAUUCGGGGAAAAAGGAUGAAAAAAUAUAUAAAAAAUAUAUUGCUCAGUUUAAGAAAAAAGCAACUUUUAAGCUGGGCAAUAAUGUGUUGACUCUAGCUCUCUCGUAACAAGAGUGCCCUUAAUUCACACCUGGCGAGAGAGUGUCCUAAAAUUUUUGUGCAGCGUGGAAAUUUUGAAUUUUCGAAAAUUUUCAUCAAAAUCGGCUGAAAAUCUAUGAAAACUACACGUUUUUCGGAAAAAAAUGUACAGUGUGACCUUUGAAAAUUUUAGUACAGUGUCCAUUUUGGACAAGUCUCGUCAGGUGUGCCCUAAUUUCAUUCAUCAUCUGUUCUUAAGCUGAGAAAUAUUUAGGGGCGGUACUGUGUAUUUAAGAAGCGCGGAUAGAUGCUCAUUCAAUCAGUUAUUUCAUUUCUGCAGAAACCAAUACGUAUGUAAGAAUAGGAGAUGUCUGUUGACGACGAAUUAUCAAUUCAGAACAUGGAACUUAUAUGAGGUAUGUAUUUUUGAGAAAAUUCAAUGAGAAUCAGAUAGUUUUUGCAGAGCUUACGAUCAGGAAUGGAAAGUUGAUUUGAAGCAUGGUCAACCAGGAGAAUGGGAGCGUUGGUAUAUUGAGGAUUGGGGAGGCAAGGUUGGAAAAACUCCGCGGAAAAAAACCCUACGGUCUACUUUGCAGGUCGUCUUCAAAGCAAUCCAUUCACCUGCUCGUUAUUUGCGUGCUUGUUCUGAUGGAAAUGUUGAUCUUGUCGGAUCGCAUCCGAAUGAUUGUCGAGAAACUCUUUGGAAACCAUUCAAGAAUUCAGAUGAGACUUGGUCAUUCCUAAGUGUUCAUGGAACUUGGUUGAGGUAUCUGAUUGUAUCACUUUUUUUAAAUUUAAAUUUUUAAGUGGGCUUGGUAACAAUGUGGUCUGUUGCAUGUGGGAAUGCAAAUCGUCGGAGAAGUUCACACUUCCAUGGUGGUAA